CAAAAUGGCGACUUCCAUUGAUGUUUAUUUCUUUAAACUCUUUUCAGUGUUUUUAUGCUGUAGAGGAAAUAUUGUGUGACAAAACAUUCUAGAACAUGGAAGAAAAGGAUGAAACUCCCUGUUUAUUCAAACUAGGGGAAGAAAGAGUUCACUCCAUUCAAACUCUCUUUAGAUAUUUUUGUUAUCAUCUUCAUAGAGGCGAGUGGGAGUUGUCUGGGGCUUGUGUCAAUCAGUUAAACGCCGAAGGCAUAUCUGCUGAUAUCAACAUCAAGGAAAUUUUAUUAGGUGUUAUCCAGUUUCCAUUUGGUGGAAGUUUUAGUGGAUCAAAUAAAGGACCCAGUUCACCUUUACACCUGUCAUGGCUCAGUUUGAUGAAAUACAAGACACUACAGGAUUGUGUGGAGGAACGAGGUAAUGGGAUAUUGCAAAGAGAUGUGGAGUUUUCUUUAACUUUAUUUGAAACUUGUGAAUUAGUACCACCAACAAUACUCAAGGAGUUGUAUCAGUACCACCAGAAUGUGCUUCAGCUUGAGACUAAAGGUAUCACACAGCCGCGCUCUCCCCGUGUUCUCACCACACAGCUGCUACAGACACUGCUGUCCAUUCUACAACAGAAGCCCCUCCUUGGCCACACACUACUACAGUCUCUCAAUGCUAAAUCAGAACACGAACAGUACAAGAAAAACAACAAAGUAUUACAGCUUCUCUACAUCAAAGCCAUCAGUGGAGUAUUGGAUAAGAUCUCACAUCCCACUCACCCUGUGCUGGAAACUGAAGGAAAUUUAUCUAAAAAUGAAGUGGAGAAUCCAGUAUCAUCUUUGGAUAAUUACCUGCAGAGUUUAUAUCAGAUCCUUUCAAUGUUUAAUCCCAAUUCCUAUGAAAAUUACUCUGAAAUUCGAGAGAUUUUUGGCAGAUUGCUGGAACUAUCUGGGGGAGAAAUACCUAAACUUAACAGGAAAUCAUUGCUAUCUGCUCUUAUUGGGGGACAAGAAAAUUAUUUGGUGCUGGAGUUUCUCAAGUUGGAAUAUGAGAUUUAUGUAAAGACCAAUGGUUUUCCACCCAAUAUUCGUGAUGAUGAUGCCACAGAAGAGACCAAAGUUAUGCUGAAGGUUUCGAAAGAAAAGGAUGUGAGGGAAAGAAUGCAUCGUAUGUUUUUACGGUGUUACAUCAAUAAAGAGCAUUUUCUUUAUACUGUUGUGAACACAGCAAUUCUGUUGAUAAAGCAUGGGCUAUUUGAGGACUUAAGUCAGCUGCUAGCAUCAGCCAAGUUCGAUCACUUGAGACCAUUUCUGCUUCUCCAUGGAUGGUCUUAUUGUCAUUCCUGUGCCCAAGCGAAACUCUUGCUGGACACUCUGAAAACUGAACAGUGGAAAAGUUCCCACCCUGUGCUGGAGAGUGCAUGUGGAAAGCUGUCCUACCAGAUUGACCUCAUCCAGUGGUGUCUGGACUGGACAAAGCCACUGUUGCCUGUUUCUGAGAAAGGUCAAGCAAGUUCCAAUCAGCGAGCAGCAGACAUGUUUACAGGGCUGGAAAACCACUCAGUAUUGUACGUACUGCAUCAAUCAACUCGUCUCGCUACACUCGAUCAACAAGAGGUCCUGAACCUGCUACAUAAAAGUCCUCUUCAGAACAACCCUGAUUCAAACAAAGCUCCAAAGGCAGUGAGGUUUGAGAGAGACAAGGUAAUGGAUGAAGUUCACAUAGAGAGACGGAGAGACAUUUCAAUCUACACAGGUUACUGUGCAAUCAAAAAUGUAUUGGAUGCAAUUUAUUUUUGUGCUGAGUGUGUUCACGAAAAACUGGUAAAUCCUGUACAAGAAUCCAAUUCUGUAACUCCCUUGGAACACAUGAUUUCUAUCAUGCUGUCUUCUGGUGAAUCUGGACUCUCUGACAUAGGUUACAAUUUCCAGGAAGAAUACUCCAAAAAUGUGACAGAAAAACUCAAUGGUGUCAAAGUCUCCUUAAGUAAAUUACAACCUCUUACUUUCAGGACAGAGAUUUUAGAAAACAUAUUUUCUUUGCUUUUUCUUUCCCAUGAGGACAUUCAGGAGUCAUCAGCUAUUUUUGAUUCUGACAGUGAUAUGGAAGAUGAUGAACGAAGGAGAGGCGAUACAAUUGUUGGUCAUGCAAGUCUGAGUCAGAGUUUAUUGUCGGAGGGAAGCACUUCCUCCCCAUCUUAUAGUGUAGAUGAGAGGACCAUGAGUGAGGAAGUGAUAGAGGAGGCCAGCUCGAGUUAUACUGGGGGCUACGAUGAACCGUUUGUGGAGGUUGUCUCAGAGGUCAAAUCGAAGAGACUGGAAAGAUCAGCUAGUCAAGACAGAAGUAGUAGAAGUGCUUAUCUAGAGAGACUUAACAGUUUAAAAGAAAAAUUAGCCCAACAAAAAGGAGGGUCUGGGAAUGGAAGUACUAUAAGUACUGGGAGUACCAGUAACUGUCAGAAAUUAGGCUUUCUCUGUAAUGAAUAUUUAGUAAGGGACAUUCUUUUAAUGUUGAAGGAAUGCUUGGUUGACCUGACUUCUGCACGGUUUCAAUUACUGGGCAAAGAAAAAGAGACUUUGGGAAAAUCUGUAAAGGCAGUCAUUGACGUUAGACUUGAGGAGCCUCUUUCUCGUCUUGUUCAGUCAAGCGUGGAUAAGGAUGCCCUUCAGAGACAUGUGACCCAGCUUCAGCAGUUUGUAAGUGAGGCUCAGUGGAGAUUUCAGUUGGUGUGUCAUGAAAAUAUUCCUCAAACCCCAGGGAUGGUGCUGGCCAAGCCAAUCUCUUUUUCUCUUGAGGAAAAUGAUGAAGAAAUGGCUUUUUCACUACAGCAGAAAAAUGGACCGACUAAGCGAAACAGGAAGAUCUCAUCCUCUUCAAAAGAUGCCAAAGAUGAAGAUAGUAAGACUUGGAGAAAACCCAAAAGGAAGAGACAAAAAUCUGGACAGAGAAUACGAAAGUGUCUGGUUCCACAGGGAAUUAUAUCUACCAUGCUCUCCUCCCCUGAAACCCUCCUCAACAUGUGUAUCCGCAAACAGAACUUUAAUCAUGCUGCGGAGGUCAUCAAGCUGUUAAGACUUGAUGAUACUCCUCAAGCCAAGGAAGUAAAGUUUGCGGAAAUGUUCUCCAAGAGCUCCAAAAAACUCCAGCAGCUUCCGUCUGGGCAAACUCAGGCUUUCAAACCCGGGAAAAUGUCCAUGAAAGGUUUGGCAUCAGUAGCGGCUGCAGGGGUAGCAACAGUUUCUGUGAACAGUGUCGCAGAGGAAAUUCUGUCCGAGAAAAACAUUCCCAUGAUCCCAAGUCCGAGGUCAAGACAUGUCGUUCCUGUGAAAUAUGCAGAGUACUUUGACCAAAAUAACGUUUUUAUGAUGAUUUUAUUUGACAUGUUGUGUACCUCUUGCAAGUCUUGGGAAACUUGCAACAGUCUGAUUGACAUAAUCAAAACGAAGAUGGAGGUCAAACCAUCGAAAUCUUCAACUCACAGUGGAGAUGACAAAAAGAAGACGGACAGCAGAAUUCAGUGGAUUUCUAGUCUGGUGGACAAGUUUGAUUCUUUGCUCCAGUUGGCAGGAGAUAUAGACCUGACAGCACCAGCUUCACAGAAAGAUGUCCUCACUGUGUUAUACAAACACAGCAUUCAGACUUUCCUGCAGACAGCAACACUGCCCCUUUUAAAGGAUGACUGUUUAUCUUAUGCCAAUUUGUUAAUAGAAAUGAAGAAAGUUAUAGAAAGAACAGAACAUGCAUUUCAGCUGCAUGGCAAAAUGCCUUUGGAAGGAUACAUUCACAAAUCUCCGAAGGCUAGUCCAGGAUUCAGUCCUUCCAAAGUCAGCCCCAGGGGUAGCCCUCACAGCAGUCCCAGACCUUCCCCUAAAACAGAGGACCCCACACAGACAGAUAAACCGGUCCUUCACAAUGCAAUGAAACUCUUGAUUCAUGUGAUGCAGAGAGAGGUUCCCAAGGGAGGAGUGUGUACCUUACUGACUGGUUCACCUCCAUCUGUGACUGGAAGUAGGGAUUAUUUACAGAACUUGUAUGAUCACCUAAAAGGCCUAGCUUUUGUUGUUGCUGAAACAGAGGCGAAAUCUAGUGAUUCCAUGAUAACACCCAAAAAUUACUUUCACAUGUUGUCAGAGGGACCAAUAGAGACUUUGGGGAGAUUAAUGUUUUCUCUGAGAAUUUUCCCAGAAAAGUUGGAGAAAGUGGCCAAGAAAUUAAGUUUAAGCCUGACCCAGAUCAUUGUCCAGAGCUGUUGCACCAACAUUCCAAGUAAACUCCCACUAAAACAAGAAAUAAGUGAUGAUAUUUCUGAGGAAGUACUAGAAAAAAGGGUAAACGUGUCAUCAGAGAGUCCAGAAACAGUUGUCCGAAAUAUUCUAACUCAUUUAGUGCACCUCAUGAAAGACGUCUCGGCAAAGAAUAACCCAAAGUGUGUGUUUGACAUUUCCUGUGCCAAAAUAUUGGUAAGGCGUCUGGAAUACAAGGAGCUUAUGGCAGGAAUUGAGGCCUUCAGAGAUCUUGAUUUAAACUUGUUGAAGUCCAGGAAUGAAAAACUGUGUUUCCAUGGCAACUUGCAAAAUCUUAUGUUUCUUCAUAUGUGUUUGGAUGAUAUUGACAAAGCUACCUCUAAUACAAACGAUCUCAGUAACAAAAUUUUUGGUGAGGUGUGUGAAAUGGAGAAAAUUUUACGCAUGAAUCUUUUCAGUUAUACCAUUGGGCAGCUGGGAAAAGUAAGCUUGUUCGAUUUAAAGUUUGUUCUAAAUCGGUUGGGUCUUCCACCCCCAGUAGAAUUUGGCAACAUAUUGAGACGUCAUAUGUCUGAUCUGGAUAAAUGUGACCCUUGGACUGGGUUUGCCUUACAGCCGGAGCCCCGCCUUCUCUUUGUGACCACUUCCUGUGCUGAGUCCUCUCCUCCUCUACAGAUUCUAAACCCAGAGCUAGUGAAAAGUCAGCUGCAGUCUGCCAUGAAAGAGUAUCUUAUCCAUUGGGUCCAGAUUGACAAGGCUAAUAAUACAAUCACCCUCCCCGAGCUUCUGAUGUGGUACAGACAGGACUUUAGCAGUGAACAGGAGAUAUUCACAGCAGAACACGAGGGGAUCCUCCAUGUGGUAGAGGGGAACACCACAGGGUCAACACAGGCAGCCCUCAAAGAAAUGUUACAGAUGGACAAGGUUCAUGGUUACUCAGAGAGCAUAGAUACAACGGGGAGGAAAGAACUUCCCUUUAAAGUCCGGACUGCCAAAUUUAAGAACCACUUUUUGGUUAAAUUUGACAAGGAGUCCAGUACUUUGACUUCUACUUCCUCAACACCUACAAUGGCUGCUCUCAAAACACAUAGACGAGUGUCUUCCCUUCCAAAGAAUAUGGAUCUGUCAUUUGAACACAGUGGUGAAAACAAAAAAGACAGCUCUAUGAAGUAUCAGUUAACUCCCGUAACAUUGGAAUACAUUAAGGAUGAGAGCCCCCUGGUGGCCACCUUAGUUAGUCUGGUGUGUAUGGAUGAGCUGGACGACAUCGAAGAACAUCUGAAUGUUGACUACUUCACAGGAAGUCUUCGGAGUCGAUCCUCCUCAGAGAUGAGUCUGGUGGACAUUAAGAGCUAUAGAUAUCAAAAACUGACUCGAGACUAUCCCAUACUUAAGGGCCACAUUCUAAGCUUUGUGAUUCCUGUGGCUGGGGCAGAAGAUCCGGAAAUUUUGGGAAGUGCAGACCCCAUUCUAAAAUUCAUUUCUAACAAUAUAUCAGACAGAGUGAAAGUGUGUAUGCUUAAUUUACAUACCAGCAAGGAGUAUCAAGUCACUUUAAUGAAGCUGUUGGAGGAUCUGACUAGAGAGGGAAAAUGGUGGAAUGUGAUGUCACUCCUGGAGAGUAUACCUAUCAUGGUUACUAGGCAACAUCCUGACCUCUGUGUCCUUCAUGAUUUUGCCUUGACCUGUUGUGUGACAGGCUUGGUCAGAGAAACCCAGUCCUUAACCAGAUCUCAGAUAGAGAAAUCAGUCAGCUGUUUGCACAAAUUUUUGGACAAGGAAUUAUUUGUACAUUUGUUGAUGUCGGUGUACAAGAAGUUGCCCUUAGAAGAGAGUUGUGAACUUUUUGACCUGGCCUACUAUACACAUUUACAUGAAUCUCUGCAUUCAGCAGUGAGCACAAAAAUCAAGGAGUUGCAAAUGUUUCUCAGAGUAACGGAGUGUGCCAAAACUCUACAGUUCAAGCUUUCCAGUGGAACUUCCUUUGAGAAACUGGAAAAGGAGGAUAUUGAGGGUUUGGGGCAGUUGUCAGAGUGGAGAAAUGUCCAGGAUCCAUCACAGGCCAGUAGUGUAUUGUCUGUGUUACUCAGAACAGGGGACUACGAGACAGCCAAGCACUGGUGUGCUUAUGUCAGCUUUCCACAGCAAAAGUCUUUGGAUGUCAUAGAACAUCAACUGUUCACACUUCUGGAAAACUCCAAGUCUAAUUCAACAAAGUCAUUUAUGAUAUUAGAGGAAUUAAAACAGACCAAUGAGAAGGACUGUUGCAGAAUCUGUGAGAGUUUGCUGGAGAAAUUGACCAGUCAGAAGGACUGUUUGUUUGUGGUGACUUACAUGAUAGAGCAUCUGACUGGAGUGUUGACAGAGGAAAGAGUGGAUGUGCUCCAUCAGACACAAAUCGGCUGUGAGAUGUUGCUUUGCAUGCCAGAGUCGUUUGUUUGUGACUAUCGCCCUCUAGUGUCAGAACCAAAACUGAUGUUAGAACAGCUGCUGAUGAACAUGAAGGUUGAGCUAGCUAGUCAGGCUUUUCAGAAAGUCCAAUACAAACUGGAGAAACUGAGAAGUUCUGCUCAAAGGUUCACACAGCAAGAUUUUAACAAGCUGAUAGCUGAAUAUGCAACAAAGGCCCUGGAAUUUAUUGUCAUACAGUAUGCAGAACUCGACAAAGAUCGCUCGCAGUCUCAGCAAUCGAAUGCCUCGGAUGGCUCCUCGGAUAAGCUGGAGGGAACAACAGACAAAUCGCCUACAAAGAGAACCAGUUUAUCGGAGUCUGUCAGAAUCAGAAGGAGCAUUGAUUACACAGCUAUAUUAGUUAAAUAUUCCACUAAAGGUUUUAACAGACAUCCUCUCAGUCAAAGUCCUAGCAUAGGUUCUGUUGUCAAGAGCAACAAAGUUAAUAAGUUUGUGAUGCCAGCUGAGCCCCCACCCAGAGAAAAAUGGCAGCCUGACAAUGCCACACAAACAUGCAUGGUCUGUCGAGUCGAGAGAUUUAGUAUGUUCAACAGGCGGCAUCACUGUCGUAGAUGUGGCAGAGUUGUCUGCUCUUCCUGUUCAACAAAAACCUCAUUGGUCAAUGGUUUGGAGGUUAGGACAUGUGAUGACUGCUACGCUCAGUUAUUCAAUUCAAGAAAACCAGACGUUGAGAUUUACCAGCAGUCCUCUGACAACUUGUCUGGUUCCAGUCUCACAUCACGGACAUUCGGUCCAAGCUUUGCCACAAUCCCAGAGCAUGGGGAAUCCAUGAACCUUGCUGAUGCUUUGCAUCAUUCAGAGCUGAUAUGGAAGCUGAAAUCAAAUGACCCUGUGCAUAAUAAGAUGGUUCGAGAGGAUUUCUAUUUUGAACAAGCUCCUAGUACCUCACUGUGUCUGUCUCUGCUGGGUCUACACAGUAAGCCUCACAAAUGUGGACAGCUGAUGCUAGAUCUGUGUGACAAUCUGUCCCAUUACCUGAAACCCAUUGCCCCCGGGGUUCCCAACCCAGAGGUCGACUAUGGUCUGGUUCUCAGCAUGAUGAAAACUUUACUGAUGCAUUCCAAAAUGCAGUACAUCAACAUAGGAGACCCCCAGGGGCUGGUACGGUGUGAGACUUAUCAGAGUCACCUUGAUCUGCUGGGGAUACUGGUCGAGGACAACUACACGGACCUCCCCACUCUACAGGAGCUCACCAAGAAAGACUACGUCACGCGGAUGAGAGAUAAGCUGAUUCAGGUGGAGCGGCUCCAGUUAGCAGUGGAAGUAUCCACUAAAUGUGGACUGGACCCAGCUGGGGUGUGGGCAGCCUGGGGAAUGAACUGCCUCAUUAAUGGAGACUUCCCACAGGCCAGGGAAAAAUUCAAUCGAUGUCUGAAGCCAUUGUCUGACCGCAAUCAAGUGAUAUAUCCUCCCAAACUCCUAGCAGAUGUGAUUGACUUUCUAGAAUCUACCCCAUCAGCUGUUACUAAGCAUUUACAGCUGAUGAAAACCAAAAGAGGAACGUGGCAGGAUUUGUUAGCAGAUCCGUUAUUGGUUACUGAGGAAGGUGAUCCAAACUCCAUACAAUAUGUAGAAUGUCAUUAUUACCUCAAAACUUACGCUAGUUUCUACACCAUCAUUGACUUUCACCGCAGAAAUGGAAGAUGGAUGAAAGCAGUGCAGUUUAUACUAGAUCAGAAAUGUUCCAAGGAAGUAUUUGUGGAAUCUUUGUUGAUCCCUGCGCUCAAGGUUGGAGAACUUGGAAAGUUGACCGACCAGAUGGUAAUGUUGGAUCCUUCCCUAGAGAAAUGGAAUCCCUAUCUGACAGCCACCUGUCGACAUCUGGUCAAGAACCGCCUGUAUCAUGUUCUGUAUGAAUUCCAAAUAUUCAUGAAGGAUUUCAUUCGAGCUGCCAUGACCUGCAUCAACUAUUUCUAUCAGGGUGGUGCUAACAGUUACCUGGAUCUAUACACCAGAAUCAGCUACCUCCACACCGCCCUCAGACACAUGCAGUCUUACCUCGACCCCUCGGAGUGGGGCAGUGUCAAGCGGCCCACCAUGUCAGAGGAGUCCAACUUCAGUACCUCAGGUCAAAGUUCAGACCCUGUCAGACUGACCCAGUCUCCAGAGGACGUGUCAAGAAACAUAAGGACUGUGUCAAUACAGAUAGAAAUAACAAAGUACCUGUACAAGUGCCUUACCAAUCCUGACCCUGAGGUUACCAUGCCUACCCCGGUCUCUGACAGCAAGAGACCGUACCUGCCCACCAUGUUUGGUAACACCAAGACAAGGACUGAUCUCGUCAACAUGGUUCUCCUAAGUGGAAAUGACAUUGCAACAGCUUUUGAACUGUCCUACAAAAUAAUUAAGGAAUAUAAACUAGGCGGCACUGCAAUCUUCACUCACGUUGCAAGAGAGAUGGCCAAAGCUCGAAGGUUUGCUUAUGUUAGAUCGCUGCUGGACUCCAUUGCAAAGGUUGGCUUUGGUGACAAUGACACAGUGGAUGAAAUUGUCGGGGCCUGUAUACUUGUCAUCUCCAACAAUCCAUCAGAGACAAAAGAAGCAGAAAACCUCAUCAAAUUAUUGAAAAAGGAUUCAAAUAAAAUCAAUGCCUAUAUACUUUGUGGAAAGUUAAGGUCGGCCUACUUGAUGGCAGUGAAAUCUGAACGUGUGGAAGAUGUCCAGAGAAUAUGUGGCGCCGCUCAGCGAAUGGGACAGACUGCGGUCAAAAACAUCUGUGACAAGUGGUUACAGCAAAGGGGAAAACCAUGAAAAGUUCUGACAACAAGACUAUAUAAAUGAUAUUUAAAUCUGUUAUUGUUGGAUUACAAUUUUUGGUGAAAGGAGAGCAAGAGAAACCAGAUAGUUAAAAUCAAUCACUAUUUAUCAUUUAAGAAUGUUUAACCAUUAUAUUGGUACAUUUCCAGAUUUCUUGAUUUCAUGGUGCUUAAAUUGUAUUUCCAGAAAACAUUUGAAAAUGU